AUGGCGGCCGCUCACCACACCAUGCCGCUCGACGAGGCCACCGCCAGCCCGGUCGCGAUGUGCGACGGUCGCGCCCUCGGCCCGGCCGCGUGGUAUGCAUUGCUCACGACCGUCGUCGCCGGCCCACUCUUUGUUGCUGCGCCGCACCCUGGGGUGGCAACGGUUGCGCUGCUGGCUGGCACUGGCGCCGCGGUGCACCAGCUUUCGCUCGGCCUGCCAGGCGAAUUUUGGGCGCACGCGCUGAUCGGCAUCAUGCUCGCCGGCUGCGCCUCGCCCGCACUCUCAGGCGACGGCGGCCCGGUGGCCGUGAGCAAGUGGCAGGGCGGACUCGGAGCGGCGGCGUUCGCCCUCCUCCUCUUUGGUGAGUUUUGUCACCACGGGCCAUCGAGCUGUUCGCCUGUCAAGUCGGUGCACAUGCUCGCGCACGUUGCCAUCGAGGCGGCGGCAGGUUCCUUUGCCCUGUUGGCCAUGCUCGCUGCGAUCGCCACCGAGAGGCGCUGGACGCGCGCCGCCGCGAGGCUGAGCACGAUGCGUCGGCUCCACGACCCGAUUGCACUGGCUGUGCUCGGCCACAUCCUCACACAGCACCAACACGACCCUCAGCCCAUUGCCGUCCUGUUCCACAUCACGCAAGGCCGCAGCAUGCUCGCCCUCGGCCUGUGCAGUGUAGUUUGCUCGGUGGCUCACGAUGCUGGCGUACCUGUGGCGGCCGGCACGACGCUACGCCUUCUGACGGCGACGCUGUGGCUGCUUAAUGGUCUCUGGCUCGUGCACAUGGCCGCGUUCAUGUACUUGCUGCCGGGACGGUGCGGGCUGCAUCAUUUGUUGUGGCCGAGCGCCAACGCAGACGAGGCGGCGACGGUCUAUCUAGCCACCGACGCCUGGCUCAGCGCCGUCGCUGUGUGCGUCGCGUACUGGCUAGGAGAGCCGACACGCGCGAAGGUUGCGGACGAGCAGAGCGGUUGGGCAACUGUUGAAGACAAGCAGCUCGCAGUAGGCGCACGGACGGCCGCGGCCGAGGAGCGGCAGGCACUCGUCGAGAUGGGACGGUAA